AUAUCCGGGCAUUUCAGAUUCGACCGUCGACGGGGACAGAUAUUGUUUCGAUAAAGUUUGUCUUCAUUUUUCUUCAUGUUAAUUUUGAUUAUUAUCAUUUGAAUCGAUGCUGCUUAAAAUUACAAUAAAUUCUUUUGUAAUAAUUGGCAAUUUCGAUUCCAAUUACGUGGAAACGGGUAAAUUACAACCGAACAUAGGAAGCUUACUUCAAACGAUGUCUGCUUCUUAACUUUUGCAAGUCAGUAUGCGACCAUUGUAGAAAAAGAAGGUUGUGUGAAUUGUUCUCGGCAUUUUUGGUUUUAACAAAAUUAUAAGGCAAAUAUGGCAUCCGCGAUGGACGUCGAAGAAGAAGAAAUUGAUUUACCAACAUCUAGCAGUGGAAAAGGGGAGAAAAAACGUUUCGAAGUGAAAAAGUGGAAUGCUGUUGCACUGUGGGCUUGGGAUAUUGUCGUUGAUAAUUGUGCUAUUUGUCGUAACCAUAUUAUGGACCUUUGCAUUGAAUGUCAAGCAAAUCAAGCAUCCGCUACAAGUGAAGAAUGCACAGUUGCAUGGGGAGUUUGUAAUCAUGCUUUCCACUUCCACUGUAUUUCUCGAUGGCUAAAAACAAGACAAGUUUGUCCACUCGAUAAUCGUGAGUGGGAAUUUCAAAAGUAUGGUCAUUAGAUAUAUUUUCUCUUCUCAGAUGGAACCUUAUGUUAAUAAAUAUUAAUGAAGAACUAACACAAAUUAUGGAAGCAAGCUGAGCAAUAAAAACGUUUUAUUUUCAACAGUGUGUUUAUGGAGAAUCUAUUAAAAAUUCAACAACUUAUUUUUA